AUGGCGUUGGACAAUACAGCGGACGUUUCCAUACAAGACCUCCCAGAACUAGGAGGUGCUGCUGCUGUAGCCAAGGCCUCCUUUAAGGCUGGUCAGCAGGUCUUUCGAGAGAAGGCCUUGGUGAUCGCGCCGAGUGCGACGAAUUUGGCUCGUGUACGAGCCUAUUGCCAGUUGGAAGAUGCCCAGCGUCGCAUUCUUCGCGAAACCUUCUUCAGUGAGGCUCCGACAGUUCGUUGUGCCGCCACCGCUGCGUGCGAGACUGCCGAGGCCACUGGUGACACCGCCUUUGAGGUCUUGGCGGCCUUGCAUCGUGAGGGAUGGGAGCUGGAACUGCCGGAGGUAGAGGAGGUGAUCCGGGUCUGGAAUCUGAACGCCUACGACAACGCCCUGGCGCCAGUGGCAUGCAAGGUGUCCCAUUCUUGCGCUCCGAAUCUUUCCAUCCGUGUUGAUGCUGAAAGUGGCAUCAUUGAGGGCACGGCGUGCCGGAGCAUUGCUGCAGGGGAGUCUCUAGGCGCGGAGGAACCCCUUAGUGUCAGGCCUCCCAUCCGUCGCCUAUCGCGACGCCGCGCCAUGGCGUCGUCCACGGAGUCGGAGGCGGCGAAGCGGCGACGCCUGGACCCGGUGAUGCCGGCGCCGGAUCUGAUGAUGGGAGGCGUCAGAAGCACCGUCGCCAUGAUGCAAUUCAACGAACAAAAGCAGGAUUACAUCAACAGCCUCUCCAACUUAGAGGAGAACACCGCCGAAUACAAGCAGGUCUUGUCAGAAUGUCACCUUCGUGGUGCGGAGCGUUGUGUCCAGGUGGCCAACACGAACCGCGGCCUGUACGUCAAGGCCGCGCAGUUCAUCGCCUCCAUUCGCGGCGGCACCGGGGAACGUGGGGUGCCCAAGGCCUACACCGACGCCUUGGCGAAGUUCACGGAUCACGCACCGCACAAAUCCAUCAACGACGUGGCGGAGGCUCUCAAGGAGUCCAUGUCUCUCGGUGCCUGGCCUGCUGCGCCAUUGGACGCCCGCUAUGAUUUGCAGAGCAUCGAGGAGGAGCCCAUCGCCUCGGCGUCGUUGGCGCAGGUGCAUCGAGCGGUGCUGAAGGAUGGCACCAAGGUGGCUGUGAAGGUCCAAUACCCAGAGCUUCGAAAGGAAAUGUCCUCUGACUUUGCAGUUUUCAAAAGCAUGGGUGCAGUGAUCAAGCAGAUGGCUGCCGGCUAUGAUCUCAUGUGGGUGGUUGAGGAUUUCGAACAAAAUUUGACCCGCGAGCUGGACUUCACAUUGGAGGCCUGCAACGGCGAGGAAACGGCCAGGCAGUUGAAGCAUCGAGCACCACAUAUCUAUGUGCCAAAGGUCUUCAAGGAGCUUUCAUCUUCCCGCGUCAUCGUCAUGGAGUACCUGGAUGGCUUGCUGAAGGCCAAUGAUCCACAAGGCUUGCGAGAUGCAGGGCUGGAUGUGGCGGAAUGUGCUCAGCUGAUUUGUGACACCUUUGCUGAGAUGAUCUUCGUUCAUGGCAGGGUACAUGCGGAUCCACACGCAGGGAAUAUUUACUUCAAGGCAAUUGAGAUCAACGGAAAGCUGCAUCCGCAACUGGUGCUUUUGGACCAUGGCCUCUACUACGACCUUUGUGAAGGAGAUCACAACGUGCGGUUGAACUUUUGCAGGUAUUGGAAGGCGUGUUGCGCCAAAGAUUCCCAGCAGAUGAAGGAGCUUGGGACGCGCUUUGCGGGAGCACUGCAUCGCUUCCUGCCGCUGAUCCUGUCCCCGUGGUUCGUCUUUGGCGGAUCCGGGGUCUCAUUGAAAGAGGUCAUAUCAGCUGCACAAGGGCACUUGCCGGACACCAUUUCAUUGAAGGAUGUGGCAGAUUUUGUGGUAGCCACGCGCAUGGGUGGUGCCAACUUGUUGGGUGUGCUACACUCCCUGGGCUACACCCGUGGCUUGUUGGAAGCCCUCCAUUUUCCGGAACAGCGCCGCAUCGAGAGCAUGUUGCGCUUCGCCCUGCUGGGGGAUCCACCGGAUGGCGCCUCAGGGCACCUUCAGCAGCCGCUCGCGUUGCAGUUGACCACGGCACAGGAGGCCUGGGUCACCUGGCGAGUUCGGAUGCUGGGAGGACACAUCCGGCUGCUGUCCCCCGUGGCGCGCGCCUUGGUCCACUGGACCAGGGCGGAAUUUGCACCACCCUUGUGGUGGUUGGCAGCAGUGCCAGUGCUACUGGGGGCGAUGGGCACAGCCAUGACGAUGGCAUGGCUGAGAUGGCAAACUCAAAACUCUGAGUGA